AUGAGCAGUUCGGUUUCUCGGGUGCCGGGGCUAGUUUACUUGCUGCUGAUCUGCGUCGUAAACGCCGCUGAUUAUCGGCUGGACGGUGGCGUCGUGCCCUCGUUCUACAACCUGACCAUCGGCGUUCUGAGAGACCCAGCCGAGCCCACUCUCUUCGAUGGCGAGGUGGGCAUAGCUCUGCGGGUGGUCGCCCCACUGGAGGUGCCACAAAUCAUUCUGCACGCCGACACACUGGCCAUAUCGGAAUGCUGGCUGCUCGAUGCGGCGGGUGGGCAGGUGGAGGCCAUCGAUAUCAGCCGGCUGAUUUAUGAGGCCGCCACCCAGCAGGUGAAAGUUCCGCUGACGCAGCCGCUGCAGCCCGGCCGGGAUUACACACUCGGAUUCAAGUACACCGGACACAUACGCACCGACAUGGCCGGCCUCUUCUCCGCCAGCUAUGUGGAGGAGCGCACCAAUGUAACCCGGUGGCUGGCCGUCACCCAGAUGCAGCGCAUCAACGCCCGCUUGGUCCUGCCCUGCUUCGACGAGCCCGCCAUGAAGGCCAAGUUCCAGCUGCAGAUAGCCCGGCCAGACGGAUAUCAGUCCAUUGGCAACACCAGGCUCAGGGAAACCACGGAGAUAAGCCAGGAUCGUUUUGUUGAUCACUUCGAGGAGACCCCCAUAAUGUCCAUUUACCUGCUGGCGUUCAUGGUGGCCAACUAUUCUGCCCGUGGAAAUGUGAGUGAUUUCGCUGUGCUGACUCGCCCGGAGUUCUACAACCACACGGAGUUCAGCCAUCAAGUGGGUCAGGAGGUGAUUUCAGCCUACGGAGAGCUGUUCCAGAUUCCAUAUGCAGAGCUGGGAAACGAUGUGCUGCAAUAUGCCAGUUCUCCCAGGUUUCCCCACAACGGCAUGGAGAACUGGGGCCUCAUCAUCUACAGCGACGAGGUUCUGAUCCAGGAACCUGGUUACUCCGACGACUGGUCGGACAAGGAGUUCGCCAUCCGUAUCAUUGCCCACGAGACGUCGCACAUGUGGUUCGGGGACAGCGUGACCUUCUCCUGGUGGAGCUACUUCUGGCUGAACGAGGCCUUUGCCCGCUACUACGAGUACUUCAUGGCACACCAGCUCUAUCCCGAGUAUCACCUGGACGAGCAGUUUGUGGUGCGGCAAAUGCACCUGAUCUUUGCCACGGAUGCGCGGAACAGCACUCAGCCCCUGACCAGUCUGGAAUCGGAAAUCCAAACGCCCGCCGAGAUUGCGUUCAAGUUCAGCGGGAUAGCCUACGCCAAGGGAGCCUGCAUCCUUAGGAUGUGGCGCAAUAUCAUGGGGGAUCAGAACUUCAACAGGGCCAUCCAGAAUUACCUAAAGCAGUACCACUUGGGCAACACUGUACCCCAAAAUUUAUUGUACCACCUUUCCGAGAACUGGCCGGCGAACCAUGAGGUGGAUGUGGAACAGUUCUUCUACGAUUACACGGAGCAGGUGGGCUUUCCCAUGCUAAUAGUGCGCAAAUCGCCAGGAGACUUGUUCCCGCUCAUCAGCGUGAGGCAGGAUCGAUUCCUUCUGGAUUACACAGAUGGCAGUAGAGGUGGAAUAAAGUAUACAGUGCCCUUGACAUAUACCACCAAUCUGGAGCCCAAUUUCUACAACCUGACGCCAUCUAAGUACCUUUACAAGAACGCAAGCUUGGAGCUAUUUUCUUUUGAUGAACCCAUUGAGUGGUUCUUGCUCAACCUGAGGCAGUCGAACUACCAACGGGUGUUCUAUGAUUACACCUUGAGGGAAGGUCUCCGGGUGGCUCUACUUGCAGCGAAUCAUAGUGGAAUACCCGUUGAGAAUCGGGCCCAACUCAUUGAUGAUCUCUUCAACUUUGCCUAUGUGUCGUAUGUGGAAUACGAGGAUGUCUUUUACUUUAUGGAGUACCUGAGUAAGGAGGUGGACUACGUACCCUGGUAUGCGGUCUAUGAAAACCUGAACCGGGUGGCACAGCGACUGACCCCGGAGCAGCUGCCCAGCUUCCGUAAUUACCUCUCAGAUAUCACUAAGGCUGUGUUUGAGAAACUGGGAGUGGACUGGACUUCGCAGGAUACUCCACUGGACGUGGCCCAUCGGAACAAGCUGGUCAAGUGGCUCUGCAGAUACCAGGCCAGCGAAUGCAGAAGGAAGGUCAACGCCAAGUUCCUAGCAUCCACGGAACAUCCACCGCCGGACUACAGGGAAACCUUCUAUUGUGCGGCCAGCAGCAGUGAUUUCAAUUCUUACACCUCGGUAUGGGGUCGGUAUUAUCUUGAAAAUCGCCCCAGCGAGAGGAAGUUGCUCUGGUCUGCGACCAGCUGCACGGCGAGCUACGAAACCCAUUACUACAAGAUGAUCAUCUCGGGUCCGGAGCGUGUGGAGCAAAAGAAAAUUGGAAUAUCCCGGAUGUAUGAACAGAACCCCCAUUUAGUUCACGCCAUUUUUGAAAUGAUAACAAGGAACAUUACGGAGCUGGCCAACGACUUGCAAAGUUGGGAGGACACGGCCGAGGUGAUCAGCGACAUGGCGGAGUACUUCACCACCCGGCAGCAGGAGCAGUUGUUCCAGCAAUUCUACGAUGGCAACCACCAGCUCUUCGGCGAAGCCGCGGCCUUGGUGCUCUCGAAGUCCCUGGAGUCGGUGAACGAAAACAUUGCCUGGGCCGAGGGUCGUCUGCCUGGCUUGGUCAAAUACCUGGAGCAGAGGAAUGCCGCAUCCAUGCGGGGAGCAGCUUUCAAGUUGGUCCUGCUACUGGCGGCGAUGGCCAGCCUUUUGGCCUGGCUCUGAUUAGCUAAUAAGUUGGGGGGAAAUAAAGAGACUGCCGUGGUCAUGCGCUGCGGGGUGAAAUGCC